UUGUGAAGCACUAACACUUGAAAAGCACUUCUUUCUCUCUCUCUCUCUCUCUCUCUCUCUCUCUCUCUCUCUCUCUCUCUCUCUCUCUCUCUCUCUCUCAAUGCUUUACCAAACACACCAUAACACUACUACUACUACUACUACUCAUAUCUUCUUUUUCUUAACAUCUUCAAUUAUUCUCCUCUCUUUUCCUGCAAUUCGCCGGUUCAACAAGAAGUUAUGGAGUGUGUAGAAGGGGCUUUGAAAAGCAGUUUUAUUGCUGUUAAACCAAACAACCACCACCACCCACAGUCAUUUUCCGACGAUUUCUGCGCUAUAACUGGUGUCCCCGGCGACGACUUCUUCGUUGAUGGCCUCCUUGACUUCUCCGACGACGGUGACUUCGAGGAAGAAAACGAUGAUACCCAUGUCCUCCUUCACGACAACAAAAACGACAAACCACUUUCCAUUUCUCCGGUCAAAAAAGCCGAUAUCGGCCAUACCGAGGCUUUCUCUAUCCCGGAGAGCGACCUUUGCCUUCCGGUGGAUGACGUGGCAGACCUUGAAUGGGUUUCUCAUUUCGUCGACGACUCAUUCUCCGGUGGCUACUCUUUAACGUGCCCUGCCGGGAAGUUUCCAGAGAAGAAGUCGGAGCCGGAAACGGAAACUUUCAUAACCGUAAACGUAAACGUAAAACCUUCCUUCACGACUCCGGUUCUUACAAAAGCAAGAAGCAAGCGAACUCGAACCGGCGGCCGGGUUUGGUCACUCGGGACGACGCCGUUGACUGAUUCGUCGACUUCAAGUUCCUCCUCUUCGUCAUGUACUUCAAACCCUUGGCUCUUUUUCCAUGACUCCGCUCAAACCGCCGAGUCAAUUUUAGGGAAACCGCCGGUGAAGAGACAGAAGAAGAGGAAAACCCAUCCACCGGCGGCGGACGCCGGUGGUGGUUCACAGCCUAGGCGUUGCAGUCAUUGCCUCGUACAGAAAACUCCACAGUGGAGAGCCGGUCCGCUAGGCGCCAAAACGCUUUGUAAUGCAUGUGGGGUCCGCUACAAAUCCGGUCGACUGUUGCCGGAAUAUAGACCGGCGUGUAGUCCGACGUUCUCCAGCGAAGUCCACUCUAACAACCACCGGAAAGUUUUGGAAAUGCGGCAGAAGAAGGAGGCCGCCGAGCCCGGUUUACCUUUUCCGGUUCAGAGUUUUUGAAGCAGGAAUGUUAGCUAGUUAGGAAACAGAAAAAAGAAAUUAGGAUUUGUAUAAACCGGGUUUAGUUAGUCACCCGGUUUGGUACGUUAGGUUUUCUAGUAACCGAUUAGUAAGAGACUUUAAUGUAACUUUUAAUUUAUUAAAGUUGUAUCUGUUCUUCUUAA